UAUAUUUAUUUGAUAUAAUUAAAAUGGAACUAAUAUCAAGAGAAAAUGCACUUAAAGGUUCUCAUUUAUACUUCUCUCUGUUCUUUUAUAGGAUGAUUUAUAUGGAUUUGAAUAAUCAAGACACUCCGGAUAGGAUUCGAUUGGAUAUAUUUUUCGUUCUUUGUUUUACAACAAUACUUUUGUCAUUGAGUAAAUUUUACCCCGAUUCUUGCUUCCAUAACUCUUGGUUUAACAAAUUGUAUCAUGCUAUGGUGUGGAUAUUAUGCGAAGUGUGUUCUUUUUAUUGGUAUUUAAUAUUUAUUGGUUUAUGGAUUGAAGAUGUAAAAUUAAACCGUGAAGACUACAUACUUCGAAUCAUAUUGCUCAUUUCAAUCAUCCCAUCCACUAUUUCGAACAGUUUGAAUCACAUUCUUUUAAUUCAACAUCACAUUUUUAAGUCUAAAACUAAUGUGUACAUUUAUCUGGUUAAAUCAAUGCGUUUUGGCCUAUAUGUGACAUGGAUUAUUUUUAUUGGGAUGAACUUUCUUUCAUUUCGAGGUGCACGCCAAUUUUUUGUAAUUUUUUCCCAAUUUUUCCAGAUCGUUUUUAUAAGUCUUUAUUCAUGUUGCUUAGUUACUUACAUUUCUGAAAUGUUUGGGAUGCACAGUGAAUCUGAACAUCAAAUCAUGUACGUUUCGUCCUCAGACAUAUCAUUAUCUAUUUUUAUAGUGAAGAAAAUGAUAUCGUUAACUUCUUAUCCGCUGCUCUUGCCCGAAAUGGUAAAAUUGGACCCAGAACAUGAUUCGUUACUUGGGUGUGUAUUUGGACUUCUCUGGUUUUCUUAUGUUUUUCUUUCCAUAGUGCGCUUCUCUUAUAUGAAUAAUAUAAUACUUAACAUUCAAAACAGCCCUCCAUUCGUGAACCAAUUUACGCUUGAGGAUAUUAUGCAAUAUUUUCGAAUACCCGAAGCUUAUUGUAAACAGACAAAGUAUAUUCAAUCGUAGUCGCUUCAGAAACGAUGAACAUUGUUGACACCGAAAAUGAUCUGAACUAUU